AUGGAUGCUUCAGAGGAUGUUCGGGAAGUGAUCCCGGACGAUCCUACAAGCGACCAAUCCCCAAGCCGCCAGGCGAUCUGCGACGAGAUAGCCUACCACAUUCGCCGCCUCAGCGACCUCCGGGCUCACCUCAAUACCUUUGUACCCGUUUCCACGCUUCCUCCCGAGGUCCUCAGCGACCUCAGGGCUAGCCUCAACACAUUCGUACCCAUCUUCAGGCUUCCUCCGGAGGUCCUCAGUACGGUCUUCUUGCUCGUUGCUAGAUCGUAUGACGGCGACGGCCCCCCCGGGACCAUUCUCUCGGAUCCCAGAUGUAAUCCAUACGAAUGGGUCACAGUGACACACGUCUGUAGCCAUUGGCGCGCCGUUGCGCUCGGCUGCCCCGCUCUCUGGAGCCACCUCAUAAUCACGUCGCGGUGGUACGGCUCCAUAAAGCCAGUGGACUUGUUCCUGGAACGAUCUCAGACGGCGUCGCUCGAUGUGACAGUACUAGACUACAUGAUUACGGUGCCGGGCCUCGGGUUGUGCACCAGCAUUACUACUGCUUUUGCGGAGAAGCAGGAGAAGCAGAAUGCAGCACUCUGUCAUGUUCUCGCGCAGAUGCCACGGAUACGCAGGUUAUGGCUCAAUACGCGUGAAUACCUGCCCAUGGACUCUCUCAAAUGGCUGGAUGGACCCGCUCCUCGACUUCAAUCACAGACUAUGCGGUUUAAAAUCAAUUUCCUACCUUCCAUCUAUCGUGAGUGCAUCGAACGCCUCAUACACCAUCCAGAAACCGGAAAUCUGCGACAUCUCGAGCUUCACAAGUUCCAGUUGGACUGGCGCGGAGUCUCGCUGCCAUCGCUGACGCACCUGACUCUCGGUGCCAGUGAUAAUGCCAUGUCUGCCUUCUUAGAACCUGGCAACACGGGAGACCUACUUGUGGCACUUGCCCGCAUGCCCAACUUACAAGAGCUUGUGACUGAAAGUGCGCUGUCGUGCUGUUGGGUUUCAAGCGCACCUACCCAGUCCGUCAAAUUACCGCAUCUCCGGCACUUGCGGAUGACGGAGCACAUGUCUUAUUGUGUGGCUCUCUUGGAGCCUCUGGACACCCCCUCCCUCGAGACACUGACAGUCAUUCCAUUCAUGAUCAGUCUACAACCAGCCCAAGGUCUGCAAUUGCGAUUUCUUGUAGCCGUAGCUGCAAAGAUGCACAGCCUAGGCGUGCUUCGCUCGCUCGCUAUCGAGUCCGAGUCAUCCGCAACUUCGGUGCCCUCCAGUGCCCAUAUCCGCGGCUACAUCGAGAGCAUCGACAGUGCCAUAGUCGACCAGCCUGAAACGUACUUGAUGAAGCACCACACACCUAUCCUCGAUGUCCGUCUCAGCCUGGAGUGCAUUGGCGCAUUCAUGGAGAUUCCUCAGCUCACACCAAUCUGGCUUGACAUACACUCCCUGUUCCUCAUUGGUAUUCCAUUGCCGCUUCAAUUGGAGCAAACGUGGCGGGCGAUCAGCCAGCACACGACAGACAUCACGGAGCUAUACAUACGAAUCUGGAGCAGUUCCGUCUACGACGGCGUCCUUCCGUGGAUGCUACUGCAGCAGGACGUCGCGGGCCACACGGAUAGAGCGCCGAUCCUUAAUUACGCCUACCCUUGCCUGCGGCUCCUCACAAUAGACAAUCUUCGUUUCAGGGAUUCUGAAGGUACUUCAGGCGAGGGACCCAGUUGCGUUGACAGGCUAGUUGACAGUUUCGUCGAGCGCUACGAAGCCGGUGCGGAGAUCGAAAGGGUGCGCAUCUUGCAACCUAGAGACAUGGUGAUGAAGGACCUCGAUCGGUUGAAGGAGGUCGUGCGCGAGGUGGAGUGUAACGAGGACCUGCCAAUAUUAGAGCCCGUGGAUCCUGGAGCCAGAAAACGAGGGCGGGGCCGGGGGCGUGGACGGGGCGGGCGUCGGGGCCGAGGUCAAUCUACUGUACGGUGA